AUGACACGUGUCACGAUUUUAUCACUUUACACAUCACAUUACUUUGUCAGUCUGCCCGGAGACAACGGGUUCGACCCGUUGGGCCUUGCGGAGGACCCGGAAAACUUGAAAUGGUUCGUUCAAGCCGAGCUAGUCAACGGGAGGUGGGCCAUGCUUGGAGUAGCCGGAAUGCUCUUGCCAGAGGUCCUAACCUCGGCCGGAAUCCUUAACGUCCCCAAAUGGUACGAUGCCGGAAAAUCCGAGUACUUUGCCUCGUCAUCAACCCUACUCGUAAUCGAGUUCAUCCUCUUCCAUUACGUCGAAAUUAGGCGGUGGCAAGACAUAAAAAACCCGGGCAGUGUAAACCAAGACCCGAUUUUCAAGAGCUACAGCCUGCCUCCAAACGAGGUCGGCUACCCGGGCGGAAUAUUCAAUCCACUCAACUUCGCACCAACGGUGGAAGCUAAGGAGAAGGAGAUUGCCAAUGGGAGACUAGCAAUGUUGGCAUUCUUGGGGUUUGUUGUGCAGCACAAUGUGACCGGAAAAGGGCCGUUCGACAACCUUGUGCAGCACCUUUCGGACCCGUGGCACACCACGAUUAUUCAGACAUUCAAGUGA